AUGGCUAAGCGCCAACGCACCUCGGAAACGGACCCCGUCCGCGAAAAAUCCUACUUUGACCAGCAGCGCGAAGCACUCCUCAGCGACAUCGCGCUGAGUUUUGAACACGUCCUCGCCAACAUCAAUAAACUAAACCGAUCUCUUGAAUCUGUCAUAGAGGUCGGCAAUGAAUUCUCCUCCGUCGAAGCACUCUGGUCACAAUUCGAAAACGUCAUGGCAAAGGAUGAAGCGAAACACCAGGGCGAAAAGACAGAGCCACCUGGUGACGAAGGGCGUGAAUGA